CUUUUGCAAAAGAAAAGAGUUAAAUUAUUAUUAUCCUUUAACGCAAUCGUUAACGAUCACUUUGGAAAAUAUAAUAUUUAAUGCAUUUUUCCGUCAAUACGCUUAUUCUCGUAUUUAUUUGGGCUUUCCAAUGCUAACAAGUUUUAUAGAUUUUAAUUUUUCACAAAUAAAAAGCUAAUUGAUACAAUUCGUUGAUAGUUUUGUUUAAAAAAAGAAUUAUUCUAGUUCACGCCUAGGCCUAUAUAGCAAAGUAGUUAACGACAGGUGUUAAAAAUAUAUGAACUUGUUAACAAAAAACAAAAAAUAAUUAAAAUAAUGGUAGCAAAUUUAUUAUUAUUGUUUGUUAGAAAGCGAAUGGAUGGAAACGGUUAGAAAGUAAUAGUAAUUAUUAUGGAAUACGACGAUUCUGACGAUGAUUCAGUUCAAGAUUAUGAAUAUAAGUAUGUUAGAAGGAGAGGAAAGAAUUUCUGUACUUGUUGGCCGGAAAGGAAUUUUUCUUUUCAGAGAAUGAAUAUUGACUCUUAUUUUUACCUGCAAACAAAUCAACCUCUCGAUAAACCAAGUGAUAAUUUAGAUGAAGUGCUUAGUCAAGUUGAAACUAUUUCGGAAAGAGAUGAUAAAGAUAGUUUGUUGUACGAGGAGGAUGAAGAUGGUGGACGUUGUGGAAAUGGUUGUUGGGGCGAUGAGGACGAUUCAUUGGAAACUGAUUAUCUCCUAGGAGAAAUAUUUAGAUAUCAAUACGGUCCUUUCUCUGCGCUAGCUCCUUCAAUGAUACCGAGAAAUAUGACUUCAAAGUUCAAUAAUAAUCACGAAUACGAUAUUUUAAAUUUAAACUACGACGAAUUCGGCAAUAAAAUCGAAGAUAGCUAUUAUAAACAUUCGAAUAAAUUGUUAAAUAGUACAACACUUAGAGAUGUACAACAACGUAAACAAUGGAUUGGUUUUCUAAAAUUAUUACAAAAGGAAUCUGAGCUUCAUUCGUGGAGGAUGGUUAGAAAUCGUCUACCAAAAACUAAAGAAUUAUACGAUAUGGUUAUCAAAGGCAUACCCCAUUCUAUAAGACCUAAAAUUUGGAUUAGACUGACAGGUGCAUUAAGUAAAAAAUCAAAACUAGUAACAUCUUAUACGGAUAUGGUUAAAGCGAGCUCUAUUGAUCAACUACAAUCUUCAAAACAGAUAGAGAAGGAUUUAUUGAGAACAAUGCCAAAUUCUGCUUGUUUUUGCAGUAAAAAUAGCAUUGGAAUUCCGAAAUUAAGGCGUUUGCUAAGAGCAAUUGCGUGGCUCUACCCUGAUAUUGGUUAUUGCCAGGGUACAGGAAUGAUAGCUGCCUCGAUGCUGUUAAUUCUAGAGGAGGAAGAUGCUUUUUGGAUGGUAUGUUCAAUUAUAGAGGAUCUUCAACCGACUUCGUAUUACUCGAAUUCACUCUUAGGAGCUCAAGCAGAUCAAAGGGUCUUAGCACAAUGUAUUAAGAUUUAUCUACCGGAAGUUGAUAAAUUAUUACAGGAAUACGAUUUAGAUGCUUCCGUAAUAUUUCUUCAUUGGUUCUUAACGGCAUUUGCUAGUGUUGUAAAUAUAAAAGUACUCGUUAGAAUAUGGGAUAUCUUCUUUUUCGACGGUUCUAUAUUUUUAUUUAGAAUUACCUUAGCAAUACUAACAUUAAAGGAAAAGGAACUACUCAGUUGUAAUAAUGCUAAUGAUUUUGUUUUGACUUUAUCCGAAGCGCCAACUUGCAUUGAUGAUAUUGAAUAUUUAAUUCAAAUUUCAACUGGAUUUUCGAGUUCUCUUACGGAAAAUCUUAUUGAAACUUAUAGGAGGAAAUAUCUCGCUUCAUUACUAACUUCGAAAUGUCCAAAUAGUCAGCUAGAUUCAACGAAAGAACGAUCGGGACAGAAUCUGGCUAAGAGAUUUUCGUGGGGUUCUUGGCCGGCUAUAUCAAAUGUUUUAAGGGUUACCAACGAAGAUGACGAAACGCUUGAAUCAAAAAAUAUUAGACAAACUAAUAUUAUAGUUAAUCUAAGAGAAGCUAUACUGCAAAUUGGCAAACAUUUCCAGUCUCUUGAUACUGAAAAUAUUAAAUUGAAUUUAAUGGUCGAUUAUACGAUGAACAGUCAUGCUAAAGAUCUUGAAAAUUACGCAUCAGUAGAUAAACACCAUAGACGCCGGGCGAAGGCUUUAAUUGAUUUUGAAAAUCAUAAUGAAGAUGAAUUAACAUUUCAUAAAAAUGAUAUUAUCACAAUUAUUUCGAAGUGGGAUGAACAUAUUUGGAUUGCUGAAUUGAACGGUGUCCGAGGGUGGAUACCCGCUCAAUUCGUUGAACUACUGGAUGAGAGGAGUAAGAGUUACUCGUGUGCAGGAGAUGAUUCCGUUUCGGAAGCUAUUACUGAUUUGAUUAUACCCAUCUAUUAAAGCUGUAUUUGACUAUGGCCUUAAAACAUCGAUGCUUUAUCAGGCGCAUCCAUGGUACUUUAUAGAAGAGGCGACAUUAGAAGAAGCUGACAAGCACUUAAAAAGUGUACAUUCUCGUCUUGUUUUAUGUAAAACUUAUAAGUUAGACGAGGACAGCAAAGUAUUAACUCCUGAAGAAUUACUAUACAAAGCUGUUCGAAGUAUUAAUACUACACAUAGUUCAGAUCGAUCUUUGUUGGACAAAAAGUUCUGUAGCUUAAUUUAUUAUGGACUUAACGAACAAAUCCUUCAUUUAUGGCUUGAGAAUUUAUGUUCUUCAACUAAAAUUGUAAAUAAGUAUUAUCAUCCAUGGUCUUUCAUUAUGAGCCCUGGCUGGGUGCAGAUAAAAUGCGAACUAAGGUUCAAAUUUGUGUAUAUUUUGUCAAACACUUGAUUCUUUGUUUUAAAAAAACAGAGUUUUAGCAAGAUUACCAUUUUCUUUAUCAAAAAAUAGUCAUUUUUCAAAGAGGAAAUGUUUAAGGAAGCAUAUGAAAGAGAUAAAAGCUGCUGUUUGCGAUAUGUUGAUAAAACGUCAUCUGUUUAGUUGGGAUAUGUGAAAACAAAAAUACAUAGAAAUAAAAGAAACAAAGAAAAUGUUUUCUAUUUAUAGACCUCCCCCCUCCGCUCAUCACAAAAAAAGCAAUUCCAACUAAAUAUAUUCGAUUGUUUUAUCUUUCAAUAAAUAAAUAAGAAAAAUAUUGAA